AUGAUUUAUGGUGUUUUUCAAUGUUUUAAUCCAUCAUGUUUUAACAACACCUAUCUUAUAUCUUUGCAACAUCUUUGCAAUAUUUUUCAGAAGCAAGUUGUAAAAUAUCUGGCUAAUACUAAACAGAUUGAGGCAACAGAUGAUCCUCGACAAUUUGCUCUACCUCCACGGAUGCCAGGAUGGGUGUGGUCUUUUGGACAUCGACCGGUUACAUUAUGUGUGCCAGGAGCAAAUGUAGCAACAACAACAACAAGUUCAUCAGGGGAAGAUAAUAAUGCAGGCAUAAGUAGUUCGUGUGGGGCUGUUUAUAUGAGCAAUGUGACGAAUACGGAUAAUACGAAUAAUACAGGCAAUACAACUAGUGCAGAUGGCACAGGUAGUGCAGACAGUACAAGUGGUGCAUGUGGUGCAAGUAAUACAAAUAAUGCAAGUAAUGUAAGUGGUGCAUAUAGUUUUUCAGCUGUGGUAGACGCGGGCGGGUCUGCAGCUGGUACUUCAGAUGGUGUAGCUUGCGGUGCGCCGGCAACUCAUCUUUCUUUAUCAGCACAAUUUGAAACAAUGCUUCAAAAUAUCCUUUCAAGCAUUGUUGGGAGCAAUGCAACAGUGGAUAUUGCUUUAUGUAAUUCAUCAGGGCGCCAUGAUACACAUACACAUGAAGAAAGUUCAUCAGCACCAGCGGAAGAAACAGAGAGAUCUCGACCAAAUAGCUUUAUCUUUAGAAGGUCAUUUAUUUGGUCAAGACAUCCUUCUGAACAGCAAGAAGCACUGCAGGGCGACAAUACAGGACAGAAUACCGGGCAAGAAAUAGAACAAAGCACAAGCCAAAAUACAAGUCAAAAUACAACUCAAAGGACGGAGCAGGAUGCCCAGGAAGGUACACGUACAACAAGAAUUCCCAUACAUGAUUUGGCAUCAUUCUUAGAAAAUGCAUUUGGAAGUGGGUUUCCCGAGGAUGGACUGACAACAAGAUCUUUAAGUGGUUUUUUUUCAAACAUUUUUACAAUGAGAAAUCCGGGUGAUUAUGUUUGGUCAUCUACUGGCUUCGAUAAUAUCAUAACACAGUUGAUGGAACAAUAUCCAUCGACAAAUGCACCGCCUCCUGCAUCGGAUGAAGUUAUUAAUGCUUUGCCUAAAACAAUAGUUGAAGAGAAAGAAGAAUUAAAAGAUUGUGCAAUUUGUAAGGAAAAUUAUCAGCUCAAAGAAGUAUAUAUAACAUUACCAUGUAAACAUUAUUUCCAUGAUAAUUGUAUCAUACCAUGGCUGAAAAUAAAUAAUACAUGUGCAAUAUGUCGUGCAACAGUUGGAACUAAUAUACCAAAUCAAUUCCCUAAUUCAGAAGGCGAUAAAGAGGAUGAUAAAUCAAAGGAUUUUGAUAGUAAUAUGGAAGAUCAGUUGGAACAGGAGCCUCCCGAUUAA